CCAGGAGCUCUGGCGCAGCGCAGAAAGUCAGAUCCACCCAGACGACUCGCUCUCUAAACAAUCGCAUCGCAAAUUCAAAGGCAUAAUGGCUGGUACAAAGAAAGUCAAGGCUGCUGCCCCGAAGCGCAAAGCGCCCGAGGAGGCUAGCCCUGUGGCUACGAAAAAGGUCAAGUCGAUAGUCUCGAACGGAGCCAAGGAUGCGACACCCGUCAAGCCCGCUAAGAAGUCCAAGAAGGUCGAAGAGCCCGAGGAGGAGGUUCCGGUGACAGAGGCGGACGAGGAGCACCCGUUCUCGGAUGAUGAUGACAACGUGGACGCGGCCGACGAGGCUCAGGCACUUGCCAAGAAGAUUGACAGCGACGACGAGGACGAGGCCGAGGUGGAUAGCGCUGUUGCUUUCAAGAAGGGCCAAGAUGUCGGAAAGAUCCCCAAGCCGAGCAGAAAGUCGAGGGGAACAGCAGAGGUAAACGAAGAGCCUGGUGUUGUCUACAUAGGACGUCUUCCCCAUGGUUUCUACGAGCACGAGCUCCGCGGAUAUUUCUCCCAGUUUGGCGAAAUCAGCAAGCUCCGACUUUCGCGCAACAAGCAGACCGGCGCUUCGAAGCACUUCGCCUUCAUCGAGUUCGCUGAAGAGUCGACCGCCGAGAUUGUCGCCAAGACCAUGGACAAGUACCUACUGUUCGGCCACAUCCUCACAUGCAAGGUUGUUCCCAAGUCACAAGUACACGAGUCUCUGUGGAAAGGCAGCAACAAGCGCUUCAAGAAGAUCCCGUGGAACAAGAUGGCUGGCGCAGAGCUUAAGAAGCCACGCACCGAGUCCGGCUGGGCCGCCAAGAUUGAGCGGGAAGACCUGAGGCGGUUGACGCGGUCCAAGAAGCUCAAGGCCAUGGGCUAUGACUUUGAUGUGGCCAAACUCAAGACCGUGGAGGGCGUGCCGUCUGGCGAGGCCACGGCUAUUGAGGAGGCAGAGACACCCAAGGCCAUCGAGGCGGCGCCCGCAGUCGAGGAGCCCGUUGUCGAAGAGCAAACUGCGCCCAAGGUCACGAACGGCACAAAAGGUGGAAAGAAGGGCAAAGCUGGAGCGAAGGGCAAAAAGGCAAAGGCUUAAGUGUUCACGCUGCAUUUAUAGGAGUUUGUCUUGCUUUUACGGGUACUCUACAAUGGCGAUUUAUGAUUGCGAUGCAUCACGAU